GUGGGAGCCGCGUUUGGCAGCCGGGGAAGGAAACGUUAUAAAAAGGCUUUGUCUCGGAAAUCAGCAUCUCCUCCUCGGCGCUGCCGGCGGCGGGGAAAGCCGCGUUUUGGGCUCCUCUCUUCUCGCCGCCCCAGGCAUGUCUUGACAGAGCUGCCGUGUCCCUGCACUUCCGACGGAUGUCUCUGGCUGUAGCGGCAGCGUUUGGGGUUUGAGCCUCGGCAGCCUGUAUCGGUGCGGGCGUGUGUGAAAUUCCCGUGAUCGCAGGCUGGAGGAGGAAGAACUGGAAGAAAGGAGCAGUUGUGUCGAUUUUUCUUCUUGCUGGGUCAGCCUUCCUGGAUGGUCGCAUUACUCUCUUGUGGACACAUUGUCAAGCGCAUACAGGGAAAGAGGCUUGAUUAUUUUUUCCCGUGAUUGGUUUUCGUCGCGAUCAUCGUGCAAAAAGAACCACUUUUCUCCCAGUUUGCUGGUCCGCACUGAGGCAGCAGGAAUAUGCUCAUGAAGGAGUACCGGAUCUGUAUGCCUUUGACAGUUGAAGAGUACAGAAUUGGGCAGCUGUACAUGAUAAGCAAGCACAGCCAUGAGCAGAGCGACCGAGGUGAAGGUGUGGAAGUGGUGCAGAACGAACCCUAUCAAGAUCCAAACCAUGGCAAUGGUCAGCUAACAGAAAAACGGGUUUAUCUCAACAGCAAAUUGCCUAGCUGGGCUAGAGCAGUUGUUCCCAAAAUAUUUUAUGUUACAGAGAAGGCUUGGAAUUAUUAUCCUUAUACCAUCACAGAAUACACAUGUUCAUUUUUGCCUAAAUUCUCCAUUCACAUAGAGACAAAAUAUGAGGACAACAAAGGAAGCAAUGACAGUAUAUUUGACAAAGAAGCGAAAGAUCUGGAGCGAGAAGUCUGCUUUAUCGAUAUUGCCAGUGAUGAGAUUCCUGAGCGCUAUUACAAAGAAUCAGAGGAUCCUAAAUACUUCAAAUCUCAGAAGACUGGGAGAGGCCAAUUAAAAGAAGGUUGGAGAGAGACCCAUCAGCCAAUUAUGUGUUCCUACAAACUUGUGACUGUGAAAUUUGAAGUCUGGGGACUUCAAACCAGAGUAGAGCAAUUUGUACACAAGGUUGUCAGAGACAUACUACUGAUCGGGCACCGGCAGGCUUUUGCCUGGGUUGAUGAGUGGUACGAUAUGACUAUGGAUGAUGUUCGAGAAUACGAGAAAAAUAUGCAUGAAAAAACCAACAUUAAAGUUUGCAACCAACAUUCAUCUACUGUGGAUGAGAUAGAGAGCCAUGCCCAAGCAAGAACAUGACAAUGGAUGAAGUCCGAGAGUUUGAACGAGCCACUCAGGAAGCUACCAACAAGAAGAUUGGGAUUUUCCCACCUGCAAUAUCUAUCUCUAACAUUUCCAUGCCUUCUUCCACCCGCAGUGCUCCAUCUAGUGCCCCAUCAACUCCUCUCUCCACAGAUGCUCCUGAAUUCCUAACAGUUCCCAAAGACCGGCCUCGGAAAAAAUCUGCUCCAGAAACUCUCACUCUUCCAGAUCCAGCGAAAAAAAACCUUUAAAUUAACCCAGCAUGUUUUCUCCUGAUAAGCCAUGUCUACCACAGCAAGAGUGAUGUAACUGAAUUUCUACAAAGGUUAUGGUGGUUUUUUGUUUUGUUUUUUUUUUGCUUAGAAUAAUCUUACUGAUGUGGAAAGGUUACUUCUUUCCUGACUUGAUCCUUAAAACCUUCAGAGAAGUGCAUGCAAGAGAACGUAGUUUAUAUAUUCCUCAAGUAGUGUUUCAAGCCAUACGGUGUAUCUUACUGAUAUAGAAUGAAAUAGUCUGAGGGGAAUCCUAUAAAAGAAAAUAAAUCUUUCUGUAGCAGUAUUUACCUGCAAAUCCUCAUCUAGGUGAUAGGAUUUAUAAUUAGGAGGAGGUAUUUAGUAAAGCUGCCAAGGACUUCUAAGGCAAAUCAGUGCCAACUAGAAUGCACGGUUAACAGGAAAAAAACCCUCCCAUUUUCUUCUUUUAUAGCUGAUUUUAAAAUCCUUCCUACUCUCAGGCUUCUCCUGUGUAUUUGUAAACCUUUGACCUGUAACUCAUUGUACUUGAACACCAACAGCAAUCACUCAGAUUCACAUUUUGCUUAAUAUGACUCAGGAUUUGGGGCCUACCUAACAAACAUAAAACUUUUCAAGCCGAAAAUAUCACUGUAUUGAAGCCCCAAUUGUAAUUAAUUAUACUGACUUUGAGGCCAUUGGACUAUUUCUAUCUUGCACAGAAUUUGUAAAAGAAACCACCUAUUUCUUGUAGAUAGUGUAUUUUAAUAGCUGUCCCCUGUCCUUUUGUGACCUCUUGAGUCCGUAUCGGUGUUCAUCAAUGGUGUUCCAUAUGUAAGACUGAAAAAAAGCAGCUAAAUUGAGCCAAUUGAGAAGCAAAACCAAUGAAUUCUGUCUUUUCCUUACUGGAAGAAGAGUGGUAGUUACGCUGUAAGGCCUUGAAUGUAAAGGAAAGAAAAGACAAGUCUCCUUUUUCUUUCCUGCCUCACAUCUUUCCUAAACAGCACAAUCUCUUAUUAGUAGAAAGCUGGUUCCAGACUUUACCAUUGUCUCUAGGGAAGGGGUGAACAAAAUCAGUCACUUGAAAAAGCAAAUGAAUUGUGGGGCUGCUCAGUCCCGUGUCGGGUAACAUUAAGGAAAUGGAAGUGCUCUUCCUGGUCUGCGUGUGAAAUCACUUUUCAAUCUCAGGAAUUAACAUGGAGAAAAGGAUGUUUCCCGGGAGGGAAGUGUAGAUUGUGGAAGGAGGAAAAAAAUAAAUGGCAAAAGUGGUCUCUUCCUUCCUUCCUUUUCAAAAUGCAAGCUCAGUGAGAAACUUUUCCCACUGAUCCCCAUUUGGGGGGUUUGUUCUCUUCAUACAAACAGCUGUGUAAUGAAAGCUGGCAGUAUCUCUCUCUGUGGCAGCUGUAGUAGACAUUAACAGGAUGCUGUUCAAUCCCCAGGGAAUGAUAGUGAUUACCUGAAUCCUGUGAUCAAAGUGGGUGGUAUUUUGUACCACCAGUGACAUGGUACAUGGAUAAAGAACCAGAGAGUCCUCUAGAGCUGAACUAUCACAGAACAAUCAGUUUGGGGAUGGCCCUUUACCUGGACAGGAGUUUUGUGCCAUCUUCUCAGCACAAUGCUGUGAUUGGACUGGCUUAACUGCACUGAACUUCUCAACAGCGGUAGAUCCAGUAGAAGUUACGUUGAAUGUGUGAUAUUUAUAGUGUAGUUUUAGUAGCAGGAGAGGUAAUUCUGCUGCCAACCUGCACUGAAACCAAGUGUAUAUUUGUUUGGUAGUUAAAAUCCCGUAGCUAGCAAAAUCUGGGAGCUCUUUGUAGGUUCGCUGUGGUCUGACUUCAUGUGUUCUCCAACUUACUGUCCAUGUUUUGCUUCUCUUCUCAGAGCUAGUAGUUCUGUGUGAUUCGUAAACUAAUGGGUGAUGAUUUUUUUUGUUUAAAAAGAAGCUACUGUAGUGAUGGCAAACAAAACUUUCUAACAGUUUAUGGUUUCAGCUUAAAAAGUGUGCAGGAUAAGUAUUCAUGAUUAUAACUGGUCUAAUAUUUUUAUUAGUAUUUAUUUGAUAGCAAGAUUGGAAUAUUGGCAGAGAAGGCAAAUCUUUGAAAUCAGAAAGCAUUGUUGGGCUGAUUUUUUCAUUUCCUGAAUUUAACAUAUAUAGAAAUGGUUUAGAUCUGCUCUUCCUGAAAAUCUGUUUUUCAAUUACUUUUUUUCUUUGUCAAAAAAAUUUUGCUCAGCUCUAGUAAUAAUGCCCUUGUGCUUACAUAUUACCGUUUCUAUAUACGUUUGGGCAUCUGGGUUUGACACAGAUUAUUAGACCAAAGCAGUCAUACUGUUACUCACAUUUAACUGAUUGAUUUCCAGUUCCAUGUGGAUACUCUGAUUAUCAUAUUAAGUAGGUUUGGGGAUGAAGCAGGUAUGAAAACUAUUAACAUACCUGAACAGGACACACCUUAAUAGCUGCAUGACAGAGAUGUAGGAGAAAGGCACUGAUCAUGUCAUGGAAAAAAUGCCUGACUGCUGAAGGCUGCUGCUGCCGUAGCCCUUCCACCAGGCAGUGCUUUUCCUGAGGAUUUCCAGAUUUACUGACCCAACAGCCUGGAUUCACCAUUGGCCACAGCAAGGCUCAUGAUGAGUCCCAUUGCUUCCGUGCUGAUUCCUAAUGAAUGCACAUUACAAGAUCUGUAAUGUUUCAUUGCAUUGAACACCCCAGGCUUUCCAUUGACAAUUCAAGCACCCUCUGCUGUGCUCUGUUCUGCCUUCGCCACCAGUCCUUAUCCACUUGGUCAAUGUGAUCUUUAAAUAUCUUUUUCUGUUUGGUUGGGGUUUGUUUGUUUCUUUUUUUAAGGUAGGGUAACUUUUUUCUAGAAUAUUCCCAGCAAACUCACAAAACCACACAAAAUUAAAUGAAAAGGAAGGUCCAAAUACUUCAGUAUAACAUCUUGAGGCAAAGGUGUUGUUUUCAUUACUGAUUUUUUCACAGUGCUUUCUGUUGUAUUUUCAAACAUGUUUAUUAGGAGAAAAAUAGAGAGCAUUUUGCAGGUGUUCAUUGCUUCUUUUGCAAAAAUAAAUGAUGUAAUUAUUUAGCAAGUACAUCUUUCAAGUAUAGUGCCAGGCAGCAAAGCUGAAUAGGGACAGUAGCCGCAUUCCUAUUCUCUGCCACAGUGACUGGAGAAUUACAUGACACAGCUCCACUAGGACUCGGCAUGGGAUUGUCCAUCAAGGAGAAUACAGUUCAGAGCAAAUAAUGUGAUUUGUUUGUUUGGGUUUCUGUGAAAACCUUCUUCCAGCUUUGCUCAUACUUUUAUGUAUUUCAUAUAGAACAAUCAUUACGAAAUAACUGGCAAUUCACUGCAGUCUUUAGAAGGGUAGAUCUCCUAAUAAACUAAAAAAGGGAGGUAUCCAUAAAGACUCUGAGGAGCAGCACAUUCCUCAAACACAUACUUAAUAGGAUUUCUUAUGAAUGUAAUGGGUAAUUUUGUAAAUGACUGGAUAAAUCCUAUAGAAAGAAACUAUUUGACCUUAUUCUUUGGCUUUUUUUUGAUUAUUCUGGAAGGUGAUUUUGUGACAUCUAGUAGCCAAUUUGCUUCCAUUGCUGCUGUAGAGAUUUUGAAAUGGAAAUAUUUGUUCCUUGAAUUUUACUUUGUAACAAGAUGACUAUAUUUCGUUAAAACUGCUUUGAAGCUUGCUGCACUAUGACUUCAAAACAAUGUGCUAUCAUUUGAAAUAAGCCAAAUGUAUAUGCUUUUUAUGAAUUAGUGUGCAGUAAGAGAGAAUUCAUGAUCUUGUCAAUAGGAGCUUUUCUGUUUCCAUUGUUUGGACUUGGUUUUACACGUGUAAGUUAAAAUUGCUAAGUAAGUCUAACAAUGUUUUGCUUUAAAUGAACAGCAUGGUCCUUGAAUUACAAUCUCCUGUAGUUUUGAGGUGUCACUAAAACAGGUUUCAUUGUUUUAUUUCAUUUCUGUGAUAAUUCGACCGGACUCUGAAUGUCCAGUAAUAAAUUUCUUUUAUUUAGAGCAAUGAUGGCUACAUUAGGCAAUACCUAGUGAUUAGGCAUCACUACCAUCAAAGCAGGACCAAGUUUUGAAAUGCUCUGCAUGUUAAAUAAUGCAAGGCUCAGCAGGAGAAUAUGAUUGUAUUUCUCAUUCAUAUCACUUAGUUUCUGAUUUUACCAAGUAAUUUAUUAUUUUUAAUAUUGUAUUUUUCCUUGCAUUUUGUUGUAAAUAAACUACCAACAAUUAUUCUUUACAA